CAGCAAACCAGGCAUCUUGAGCUUUAGGCUUCAGGCCUCUUCUUGCAACUCACCCGCAACUCUUGAUUGUACGCACGCGUCUCAUUGAUAACAGAACACCUGUUGGUACUUCGAUCUCAACUUCUAAACUUUACCUACACCGUUCAGACUCAACGAUGAACGCUUCAGUUCCUCCUUCAGCUGCCGAGUAUGGUGGAGACGAGGUUUCGGCCAUCGUCCUUGAUCCAGGUUUCUCCACCACGCGCGCUGGCUUCGCAGGCGAAGAUACACCGAAAUCUCUCGUCCCAACAUAUUAUGGAAAAUACUCUUUUGAGGGGCAGGAGAAGCUCAUCUUCGGCGAUGAUGUCUUCGUAACUCCGCGCCCCAGCUUGUCGGUUGGAAACCCCAUGGGCAGGGAUGGUGUUGUAGAGGAUUGGGACAUGGCAGAAAAGCUGUGGGAGUACUCUUUCACGUCACGACUUACUGGUGCGAAACCUAGCAAUCCACUACAUAAUGGUCUGAACGAUCUGGUCGAGGGCGAGCUGCCAACGGAGAUGGAAGGUGUUGAAACCAACGAGAAGCCUCUUGCGGACAGCCCUCUGCUGAUGUCUGAAUGCAGCUGGAAUCCCACGAAGGCUCGUGAAAAGACCAUUGAAAUCGCGAUGGAGAAAUGGGGAACCCCAGCCUUUUACCUUGCGAGGAACGGUGUUCUGGCGUCGUUUGCUGCCGGCAAGGCUUCUGCUCUUGUUGUCGAUAUUGGGGCCUCUAACAUUUCCGUCACCCCUGUUCAUGAUGGCAUGGUUCUUAAACGUGGCGUUCAACAUUCACCUUUAGGUGGAGAUUACAUCUCGUCGCAGAUUCGCGCACUGUUCAAGACAAACACACCGCAGCCCAUCACCAUAACACCUCACUACCUUAUUUCUUCAAAGACAGCUGUCGAAGCUGGCCAGCCCCCUCAAGCCAAGUAUAAGACGUUUCCGCCAGAAAAGGCUCCUGAUGCCUCGUACCGCAGCCUUCUCGAAGAGCGGACACUUACCGAAUUCAAGGAGUGCGUCGUGCAAGUGUGGCCCGGUCCUACGAAGCUUUCCGCACCCGGUCCCAACGGUGUCCCAAAUGAGGAAAUGGCUAGGAGCACUCCAGGCCGGCCAUUCGAGUUUCCAGACGGGUAUAAUCAAGUAUUCGGCGUUGAUCGCUACAGGGUUGUCGAGUCGCUGUUCGACGCCAAAGCCACCAUUCUGGACCCUGACUCCCAAUUCCCAGCACCAACACCAGCGCAGACUAUUCCUGAGCUCAUCAAGGCUGCUUUGAAUGGUGUUGAUGUUGACCUUCGUCCGCAUUUGCUAGCCAACGUCGUUGUUACAGGUGCUUCAAGCUUGCUCUAUGGAUUUACGGACCGCCUUAAUCAGGAGCUCAUGCAGCUGUACCCUGGGCCCCGAGUCAGGAUCUCUGCGCCCGGGAACACGUCCGAGCGCAGAUUCAGCUCCUGGAUCGGUGGAAGCAUCCUCGCUAGUCUGGGCACCUUCCACCAAAUGUGGAUUUCAAAGAAGGAGUUUGACGAGCACGGCCCGAACAUCGUUGAGAAGCGCUGCAAAUAA